AUGUAUUUAUUUCAGGGCCUAGGUGCAUCUUUCAUCAUUUACGGAACUUUGAUUUACCACGUGCUGGAUACCUUUUUCCUGGACAAUUUCGGCUUGGAAACUACAGGGACGAUUGCAUAUCUGAGCAUAGCGGUCGGGACGGUGAUGGUGCUCGUCAGCUUUACAACCAAUUUCGUGAUCAUGUACCCGAGUACGAAGAGCUAUGGAAUGUUGGCCAUGAUAUACGGCUUGACGCUGGUAUUCGUUCUCCUCUUCUGCAUCAUCGGGUUCUUCUACACGCCCAACAUGAAUGGCGUCAUGCGAGUCGGCGUCCGCAACAUCAUGCAGAAUUACAAUGCAAAAAGCGUUAUGAACAUCUACCUGGAUGCACUGCAUGCGCAACUGAAGUGUUGCGGCGCCGAAGACUACACGAGUUGGUUCAGAACCAGCUGGGCAGGCGGCAAGAAGAUAGUUCCCGUGAGCUGCUGUAAGAACCUGAAGUACUGUCACAAUCUGGAGCCGCUCAUUGUGACGGACAUCCAAGAAAAGGAUGACAAAACUACUCAGAAUCUCAUGAUGUCUUUGAGCGUUUACGGAACAGGUCUGCGGUGCUGUUUGGGUGCAGGGGUGGAAUGCCGAGAAUGCUUGAAUUUUGUUUAUCAGCUCAUGGAUGGCUGUGUCUACAGAUUUACCUUCCCUAAACCCAUGUUGACGCUCGAUGAGGCUAUUAGUGGUCUCAAGAUGAUAAGUUAA